GAUCGCUGAUCGCAAUCGCAUCGUCGCCGAAACGACACGAGCAAAUCAACGCGAAGAAGAAAAGAAAAGAAAUCCUCCCGCUUCGCUAUAAAAAUCGCCCGCUUCCCCCGUCGUCCGCUUCAAUCUAUGCGGGCAUCAUCUCUCUUCGCGGAAUCGGUGUUCACUACAUCUGCUGCUGCUGGUCGUCGUCGUUGUCCUCGUCUCGCCGCCGUUCCCGUUACCCUCUUCUUCUCCACCGGUCGCGGCUCGCCGGCGAUGGCCGAGGAGGCGCAGCAGCCACGCGGCGUGAAGGUGGGCGGCAUCCACGACGCGCCGGCCGGGCGCGAGAACGACCUCACCACCGUCGAGCUCGCCCGGUUCGCCGUCGCCGAGCACAACAGCAAGGCCAACGCGAUGUUGGAGUUGGAGAGGGUGGUGAAGGUGAGGCAGCAGGUGGUGGGCGGGUUCAUGCACUACCUCACCGUCGAGGUGAAGGAACCCGGCGGCGCCAAUAAGCUGUACGAGGCCAAGGUGUGGGAGAGGGCGUGGGAGAACUUCAAGCAGCUCCAGGAUUUCAAGCCCCUCGACGACGCCACCGCCUAAACGUACAUAGAUCAUCGUCCGGCUGCUGAAUCAUCGGCUUAAAGCAGAGCCAUCCAGUGAUCCAAUUAUCUGCUACUAGAACAUGUUACUGGUCUUGCUGGAAGGUGUAAUAUGAUGAAUAAAACCUGCUGCUUUGCCGGGUCAUAAUAGACAUAUCACUUCUGUAUUUCCUAGUGCAAUACACAACAUUUUCGCAGUCUCCUUGUGUUCUUGGCCAUGGCCAAGCUUUGCUUGUAAAUUGUAAUAAGUUUUCACUUUCACUUUUCACAAUUUCAUCA